AUAUUACACAUUAGCUGGGCUCGUGCCGUUGCAGCGGCUUCCUCCGGAUAAAUCUCACCGGUUCCCCUCGCUGGCUGUCCCCCAUCAUGUUCAGAGCUGCCGUCCGACUGUCGGUCUCCGGUGCUCGGAGUUUAACUCGCACACAGCCAAGGUGCCAAGCUCCUCUGGCAUCAAGGUGUUACUCCCACGGGAAGCAGGAGACGGAUGAAGAGUUUGAUGCCCGCUGGGUGACCUACUUCAACAAGCCUGACAUUGAUGCAUGGGAGCUGAGAAAAGGGAUGAACACGCUGAUUGGCUAUGACCUUGUACCAGAACCAAAGAUUCUUGAGGCCGCGCUGAGGGCCUGCCGGAGAUUAAACGACUUGGCCAGCGCCAUCCGUAUCUUGGAGGCAGUAAAGGACAAGGCUGGGCCUCAUAAAGACAUCUACCCGUACGUGAUCCAGGAGCUUCAACCCACACUAAAAGAGCUUGGCAUCUCUACACCUGAGGAACUGGGACUUGAUAAAAUCUAAAUCAAUCUAAAGAUGGAAAUGCCAAGGACAUAGAGCUCUUUAUUUAAAAAUUUGCCUCAAGUACGUUUGAAUCAAAUUUGGCCUUUAUUAGGUUGUUUUGCUUGUAAAAUAUGGAUAAAUAUACUAUCUUUGUGUCGUAACCAUACUGGAAUUUAUUUUUUUGUCUGUUUCUUGAGAGUUCAGGAGCCUACUUAGCAAUACUGAAGUAUAAGUUACUCCAGAUCAAAGCAUUACCAAAUGAUGCACACAGUCUCAACGCUUGUGAACAUCUUGCCACCAGGGGGCAGCAGUGUCACAUGAAUGUAAGGAUUCAUUUUACUGUAUUGUCUGCUUCACUUCUGUUCAUUUCAGGGAAAGUGUUUUUGCGGAUUAAAUAAAAUGCAAUAAAAAAAAA